AAAGAGCAUAUAAAUAUAUAUACAUACUAAGAAAAGACCAUAAAAGAGAAGAGGGAAGAAUAGAAUGGCAGAGCGAUCGGAGACAAUGGAAAUGGAAGCAUUGGCAACAGAAGCUCCAUUAGCACCAAUCACUUCUCAAAGAAAAGUUGAAACAGACCUCGAAACUUCACUCCCUAAGCCUUAUAUGGCAAGAGCAUUGGUAGCUGUAGAUGGAGAGCAUCCAAAUGGAACAGAAGGCCAUAAACACAACAAUAUGAGUCUUCUUCAGCAACACGUUGCAUUUUUUGACCAAGAUAACAAUCGCAUUGUUUAUCCUUGGGAAACUUAUGUUGGAAUGCGUGCAGUUGGUUUCAAUCCAAUUGCAUCCUUUGGUUUGGCUGUGUUCAUCCAUUUGGCACUCAGUUAUACAACUCUUCCUGGAUGGCUGCCCAAUCCUUUAUUUCCUGUAUACAUUGACAACAUUCAUACAUCCAAGCACGGUUCUGAUUCUGGGGCUUAUGACACAGAAGGAAGGUUUGUUCCUGUGAAUUUUGAGAACAUUUUCAGCAAGUAUGCUCGUACUGUGCCAGACAAAUUGUCACUUAAAGAGAUUUGGAAGAUGACUCAAGGCAAUCGAGUUGCAUAUGAUUUAUUUGGCUGGUUUGCGAGUAAGUUGGAAUGGUUGAGCUUAUAUGCUAUUGCUAAAGAUGAAGAGGGUUUUUUGAGCAAAGAGACUGUGAGGCGUGUUUUCGAUGGGAGCUUGUUUGAGUAUUUAGCUAAGAAGAACUCAGGCACUACUCAUGCUGCUAAGAUGGAAUGAGAUUUUCAUAAUAUAUGAUUAAAAUAAAAAAUGACUGCCAAAUUUGAAUUUGAUGAUGUUUAAUUAAUUAGUUGUAUAUUGUAUUAGUUAUAUGGAUGUUUACAACUCUUGCCAUACCAGAGAAAGAUGAGAAUAGAUACUAAGUUGCGU